UCCCUGCGACAGUACAACCUAUUUCAAGUCAGGAAUAUGUGUGAUUUAGGUCAAACUAACUAAAAGGCUAAAAGAGGCAGCAGACAUGGCUACUGCUGCUUUCUUAUUCCUCUCUGCUGUGUGUUUUGCCUUUUCCUCAUCUCUCAGUGGAAAUCUGGUUUCUGCAGCAAGAUCAUUCUCUAUAGACUACAAGAACAACUACUUCCUGAAAGAUGGGAAGCCUUUUCAGUACAUCUCAGGAAGUAUCCAUUACUCCAGAAUCCCUCGUUACUACUGGAAGGACCGCCUUGUGAAGAUGUACAUGACUGGACUCAAUGCCAUCCAAGUGUAUGUGCCUUGGAACUUCCAUGAAGCAGCUCCUGGAGUCUACAACUUCACAGGAGACAGAGAUUUAGAGUACUUUUUGAAUUUGGCCAACCAGACGGGCCUUCUGGUGAUCCUGCGUCCUGGACCGUACAUCUGUGCAGAGUGGGAAAUGGGUGGAUUACCAGCAUGGUUACUUCAAAAACCAAACAUCAUACUUCGCUCCGCAGACACAGAUUACCUGGAGGCAGUCAACAAUUGGCUUGCUGUCCUCCUCCCUAAAAUCAAACCUUGGCUCUAUAUCAAUCGGGGUAACAUCAUCACCGUCCAGGUUGAGAAUGAAUAUGGGAGCUACUACGCUUGUGACUAUAACUACAUGCGUCACCUGCAAACAAUGUUUCGCUUCUUUCUGGGUGAGGACGUCGUCCUGUUCACCACUGAUGGAAACACAGACAAGGAAAUGACAUGUGGGACGCUGGAUGGAUUAUACGCCACAGUGGACUUUGGUGCAGACACCAACAUAUCUGAUGCCUUCGAACGCCAGAGACGAUUUGAACCCCACGGACCCCUGGUAAACUCAGAGUUCUACACAGGCUGGUUGGACCACUGGGGAGAUCAGCACACCAUUGUUGAUGCUCAGAAGGUCAGCAGAGUGCUAGGAGAAAUGCUAACCAUGGGGGCCAACGUCAACAUGUACAUGUUUGAAGGAGGAACCAACUUUGGCUACUGGAAUGGUGCGGAUUAUGACACUAGGUUUCGCUCAGUGGUAACUAGUUACGAUUAUGACGCUCCACUGACCGAGGCAGGAGACCCCACGGAGAAGUUGUUGGCCAUCAGAGAUGUUAUAAAGCAGUUUCGAGAGGUUCCCUCUGGACCCAUGCCACCAGCAACUCCCAAAUUUGCCUAUGGCUUUGCCGUGCUGAAAAAGGUUGGAAACAUUAGCAGCUUGUUGAACACAAUAUCUCCUCUGGGGCCAGUCCAAUCGGAGUAUCCGCUGACGUUUGAAGAGAUGAAACAGUACUAUGGAUACAUGCUGUAUCGGACUACACUGCCCCAGGACCUCUCCGAGCCCACGCCACUUAUAUCUCCACUGAAUGGGGUUCAUGACCGUGCAUAUGUGUCUGUCAAUGGGGUUUUUCAAGGCCUGCUCCAAAGGGACACAAGGCUUGUGAUGAAUGUGACGGGACAGCAGGGGGACACUUUGGACAUCCUGGUUGAAAACAUGGGCAGAGUGAACUUUGGCAGCAAAAUCAAUGACUACAAGGGUCUGUUAAGCAACUUGAUUUUGGGUAAAGACAUACUGACCAAAUGGAAGAUCUACCCUUUGGACAUCGAUGGAGCCAUUUUUCAAGGAUGGCCUCAUUCGGACAAUCGGAAGUCUAUCUCCCAACAGAGGGAAGCUUCAGUUGGACCAGUGUUCUACAUGGGGACCUUACAACCCAACGGCGUUGCAUGGGACACCUUUCUCAGGCUCAGUGAAUGGACAAAGGGUCAAGUGUGGAUCAACGGGGUAAACUUGGGUCGGUACUGGCCAGCCAGGGGCCCUCAGCAGACUCUGUAUAUCCCUGGCCCUCUACUCAGUACCAGUCUGCCCAACAACAUCACAUUGCUGGAGCUGGAGGGGGCACCAGUACAUCUGCGUGUUCUCUUCAUGGACCGGCCUCAGCUCAACGCCACUAUCGGAAAAUCUUGACAGAGCUCAAUGGUCAUAUAAGUUUGAAGGAGCUAUUUAAAAAAAAUGUUUUGACUGAAACAAAGUAGGUGCAAACCUAUGCAUGACUGGUCUGUUGCAAAAAAAUUGCUCAGAGAACACCAAAGUUCUUGCUCAUUAAUCCAGGUAUAAAUCCAACAAUACUAGGUCAUCUGGACGGUUUCUUUUG